CUGUUGAUUUCAUAAAAUGCAGUGAUAGAAGGUAGAUUAGAAUAAUUUUCGAUUAAUAUAUAUGCGCAAGGAGCGAUAGUCUACAGCUGCCUUCUCAAACCUCGUGGAUUUAUUUACGUUCGGCUUGUUUGAGGUCCGGCAAUACCACCGCUGCUUGCUAGCGGUUCCAGACGUGCAUGUUAAAGCAGAAAAGACACGAUCUCAAUAAUUCUUUUGUGGAUUUCACUAUAUGAUCGUAGAUUAAUUAGCAUGAGUUCGCAGCAGCGCUUAGUAAAAACGGAUCAAAUUUUGGAAGCUGUAAGGGCUUUCAGGAAAGUCCGUGAUCAUGAAAUAGCACAGAAAGAGAAAAAAUCUAUUAUAGACGAAGAUGACCGCCAGGAACGGUUUGUGAAUUUGCAGCUGACAGUGAAAAAGAUGUCGGCAUGCCAAAAAAUUCUCAUGAUUCCGUUCACGUUCCCUCACUGCUUACUCACCGAGGAAGAUGAAAUUUGUUUUAUUGUGGGGUGCAAAGACUCUGAAAAAGGAAACAAAAGGGCUGAUCAUGAGCGAUAUGCAAAUGAAUGGAAACACAAGCUGCGCACGAUGGGAAUCGACCGAGAAAUUCACGUAAUGCCCGUAAUGCAACUUGAGACAGAGUUCAAGUCAUAUGAGGCUAAACGCAAGCUAUGUAAGGCUUUCGAUCAUUUUCUCUGUGACCAUCGUAUCAUGUUCAAGAUGCCCAAACUUCUGGGUACUCUUUUUUUCCGUCGCCGUAAAAUGCCUAUUCGUGUAUAUAUAAAGGAUGAAGAUAAGCUUAAACAAGCUCUCGAGGAGGCUAUAACACGGACGUUAAUCCACAUCACACCCGAAGGACCUAAUGUAUCGAUGAAGGUAGGAAACCUAACGGACCAUAGUGAUCAAGAAAUAACUGACAAUAUCCGCGCUAUUCUCGAUAGCUUUAUACCGGAGCAUCUUCCCGGUGGAGAAGCCAACGUAAACUCGAUCCAUUUAGCCUCAUUCGUCGGUAAAUCAGUGCCGAUGUACGUUUCGUUUGUAUCAGCCAAUAGCGUGGACAUGUCCGAGAUCGAUAAAGUGUUUAUUGAUAGGCAGACACCAAAGGAGUUUGAAGACACAAUUGAUACAAUGCCCGGCGUUCGCGUCAAAAUUCGAACAGACGGAAAGGUGAUCGCCAUCAAAGACGAGGAACAGAAGUUGGAUAGCGAUGAUCUGUUGGACGAAGAUUAUCUCGAAGUGUUCCGAAACCAAGAGUUUGAAGAACGCGAUGAAGCGAAAAAACGCUAUAUAAAACAUCUAGCUCGUAAAGCUGCGCUUCGUAAAGUUGGCAAAAGAUUCGGUUCCAACAUGCUUAAGCUACCAAGUCAUGUACCGGUUCCUAAGCCUAAAGCCUUGCCCAAACAGGUCAAGAUGCCUAAGCAAAGCAAGCCUCCUGCAGUACCUGCCUUUGACACACUGCAAGGCUACGAUGAUGCUGAGUAUAAUGAUAAUAACGAUGACAAAGGUGAUGUUGAGGAGUGCCCUCAACUCGUUCCCAUCGAAAAGAAGUCCGAGAAAAUCGAAAGGAAGUUCGAUCAGAUGGCAGCCAUUAAGGACAAGGUGGCGAAGUCCGAAAAGCACCAAGGAUUUAAAGUAAGCAAACAGUCAGCUGCGACGACUCUUCGAAUUAAACUAGGAAGGGCUGCUACCAGUGAAUUUACUCUUACGGGUACGCCAAGGAAAAGUGUCAAGAAAGUAAAGCGCAACAGCAACUUUCUUAUUGAGCCACGAACAGCCAAGCAAAAAACAUUGAAGGGUCGAGAGACACAAUCAGUAGCAAAAUCUAUCGCCUCGACACCGAAUAAUAACAAACAAUCUGAUGAAGCUAACACACCGCGGCCAAUUUUGAAAUCGCCUCGUGAGUCUCUGGGUAAAGAAAAACGAAAGAGCGUCACGUUCGAUUUUACUCCCGCCGGAAAGCUUGCAUCUAUGAAAACUCCAAAAGAUGGCGACCCUACGCCGGUGUAUUUUGAGACCCCAUCAACCGAUAACGGGAAGGCUUCUAGUAGAAAACGGAAGUCGGUUGCGGGCGGUUUCGAAUUGACGCCAAUGCAUGGCGCCAAUAAGCUCAACAGUGCGAAAAAAGCUAAAAGAAUGUCAAUGAAAUAGGAAUAGAUAUAUGACUGGUGUGCUUAGGAUUUACUUUAUGAACGUAUCCAACAUUUAUUAUGCUACAGCGUAACCUUUCAUGAUGUUUAGUAUUUGGUUUUGUUGUUUCGAGCCUCAGAAAUGUAUCUUCAAACCAUUUUUUGCAUUUGGAUCACACUAGACACAGACCUGUCGUUAUCAAGUAUCGAGUAAAGGGACCUGUUAAAAGGAUCAGAAAUGCUUUGGAACGUCCUUUGUCUGCGAAAUAUGCUAGCAGGUUCACAAGGGAGAUCUGUAUAUAUAAAUAAAAACAUUUAAAAGAUCGACAAUCACAGGA